AUGUCUAAUCUUCCCUAUGCCGCAGAUGCGGAGAGUCCGCUGAAACCCGCCGAGCUGCAGGUCCUACGGUCACAAUACGAGAAGGAGGGUGACUAUGUCGGCAUCCAAACAAAGUUCAACUACGCAUGGGGCCUGAUCAAAUCCAACACUCGCUCUGAUCAGCAGGAAGGCGUCCGCCUGCUGUCAGAGAUCUUCCGGGGAGCGCCGGAGCGACGACGGGAAUGCCUAUACUAUCUGGCUCUCGGCAACUUCAAGCUAGGCAACUACGGCGAGGCGCGCCGGUACAACGAUCUACUGCUGGAGAAAGAGCCGGGCAACCUGCAGGCUGCCAGCCUGGGGUCACUGAUCGAUGACAAGGUGUCCAAGGAAGGCCUAGUGGGCAUUGCCAUCGUGGGGGGCUUAGCCGUGGCCGCUGGCGUGGUGGGUAGUCUGGUUCUCAAGGGAGCCAGAAGACGGUAA